UAUCGGAAAAGUGGUGAUUUGGCGAUCAAAAAUGGCCGGCGUUGGAGUGAAAAAGUAAAAAUUCGCGACAAAUUUGCGUUCUGGCGUGGAGAAAAUUAUACUUUUUGAGUCAAAAACUAACUUUUUGCCUGUGGCAAGUAUAUUACAAUGGAAUACGCUAAUAACGAAGACCCUUCUGACCAUUCUGCACAACAUAAGAAGAUGGGGAAAUUCCACAAUGUACUGCCACUGUGGGGAAAUGAGGCCAGCAUGAAUCUCAAUCCCCUCAUUCUGGCAAACAUCCAGAGCUCCAGCUACUUUAAAGUGACCUUGUUUAAACUGAAGACUUAUCAUGAGGUAGUGGAUGAGAUAUAUUACCAGGUGAAACAUCUGGAGCCAUGGGAGAAGGGUUCCCGGAAAACUGCCGGACAAACUGGGAUGUGUGGCGGGGUGCGAGGAGUGGGCGCUGGCGGAAUAGUAUCAUCAGCUUUCUGCCUCUUGUACAAACUCUACACGCUAAAGUUGACAAGGAAACAGGUGAACGGGCUCCUAACCCACACAGACUCUCCCUACAUAAGGGCACUAGGUUUCAUGUACAUCCGUUAUACGCAACCCCCGGGAGAUCUCUUUGAUUGGUACGAGCAGUAUUUGCAAGAUGAAGAGGAGAUUGAUGUGAAAGCUGGCGGUGGCCAAGUGAUUACCAUCGGGCAGAUGCUAGUACAGUGGCUAACAAAAUUGGACUGGUUCUCCACUCUCUUUCCGCGAAUUCCUGUGCCCAUUCAGAAGCAAAUUGAAUCGAAGCUUAAUGAAUAUGCACAGGACUACGGAAUAACGCUUCAGCCGGUGAGAUUUACGGGUAACAAUAGUAACGCCGGAGAGCGCUAUGAACGGGUGGAGCGUGGCAGGGAUGAGCCUCAGACUAGGAGAAGAGAUGAGCCACAGCAGCGAGGCGAGAGGGAAUCAUACCGACGGAAGCACGAAGACCGCGACAAAGGGGCCCAUAGAAAUGAGGCGAGAACUCGGUCCAGGUCUAGGGAUAGGGACCGUCGGGAAGCUACUUCCAGCAGGGAUAGGUAUCGGGCGAGGGAGCGCGAAAGAAGCCGAAGUCCUGAGUAUCGCAGCCAAAAGAGACAUCGUGGAGAGAGGAGCGACAGAAGGUAUCGAUAGGGAUAUCUGGGAUUACUUAACUUUUCAGUUUGGGGAACAUCAAGAGAUCUUACGCAUUGAAUUUAUAUAUACAAAUCACCCGUUUUGUCCAGAUAAGUAGUUUAGAAGCAGUGUGCAGGCUCUACCUCUCACUGCUGCCUGCACGCUGAUGGGAUUUCUAGCUCAGGAUGAUAAGGAGUUUUUUCAGUCUGAAAUGUUAAGUUUCCGCUUGUGAGAGAGAAUGUAUAUCGGGAGUUUUUUUUUGAUAAUAAAACCCAUUUCUCUGGA